AGGGCGCGCUGGAGCGAGCAAAGAUGGCGCCGUCCCAGAAGAACAUUUAUUUUGUUUUUUUCCGAUCCUUUUUGUGAAGCAUUUACAACCCGUGUAUCACAUUGAAAGGUUGCAGUUUUUAUGAAAUACUGUCUGAUUGAAUCAGUUUCCUCUUAUUAACAAAAAAAGGAAGACUUACCAUAAAAUCAAUGCACAAAUAGUACAAUUUUUCUGUAAUGAGGUGUUUCAACAGCGUCGUCUGCUCGGCAUUUGUGGUUUGUUUAUUUUGGUUACAAACCAGUUUUUGUCACCAAACAAUAAACAAUGAACAAACUUUGCCAGCUAAAUUGAAGGAACAAAUUGCUUUAGUUGGUAAAGAAGACAUGAAUGCAGAUUGCUGUAGUGUAACUCCAACCGAUAUUCAAUUGACAAGAUCUACUAUUAAAAAAGGCUUUCACAGGGACGUCCAAACCUCAUUGCGAGUGCUUCUUGACCCCAGACACAGAUGCACAACAUGUCGGGUUCUGAUGAUAGAGAGUCUACCCAAGGGUCUGUAUGUUGAUCUGUAUCAGGCAGAAGCUUCUGCCCUGUUUGGCGGUCCUCAGAUUUUGGCAUUUGAGGACAUUGACCUUGAGAAACCAGCCUACCUCUCCAGAGCACACACCAUCCUUGUGUAUCCUCCUAAAGUAUCCUAUAUAACACCUUCAAGUCCAUCCCAUCUACACAACGACAACGAUAUGGUAAAUUUCACUAGUGAGAUGACGGUCCAUCUAAGAUACCACAGGCCAUCAGACCACCCAGAAAUCCAAUCUGCCAUAGUGAUUUUGCAGGCUCCAUAUCUCUUAAUGCGUUGCAGAGAAGUAUCAAGCGGUAGAUCUUCUACCGCUACAGACAAGACUGGUGGCAAGACUACAGUACAGCUCUACAAAGCUCCUUGUGAUGGAACAAACAAGACACUCUGCAACUGGCAACUUCUACCUCUGAAUAACAGGGAGAGCAAGGAGCUCUACUUUGAUGUUGCAGUGGGGCAGACGAGUCACACAUUUGUUGUUGUCACAGUUACUAUACUAGCCACUGCAGUCAGCACAGUCAGUCUACUCUUUGUCAUGAGUCGGAGUACUGAAAAGAGCAAACCAGACUGAGCAAGCAGUGUGGUGGUGUACUCGAUCGACAAUACCACCAUCUUUCUCCCUUAACAGUGGUUCGCUCUGGCCAAAUGCCAGUAAAAACAUGUGAGGACCAGUCCAAAUUACUAUUGGUAAUUACUCAAAACAAUUAUUAUAAAAACCUUUCUUGGUGACGAGUAAUGGGGAGAGUUUGAUGGUA